AUAAACUUUUUUUCCCGGGUAAUUGCUUACCGCUAUGCGACACACAAAUAAUGAGCUAUUUAUUUCAGAUUUAAAUUUUAAUUAUGAGAAUUAUAAGCAAUCGAAUAAACUUGCAAAAACAUGGUAGCACGCAAUGCUUGUAAGUAGGAAAGAAUGACCAGUGCGAAUCGCUGUGUAUCUGAGAGGCGCACGAGAGUAGCAGCACUUUCUUCGAUGGCAUUAUUGUUCUUUGGUAUCUCGGCGCGAAGAGGUGCGAGCAAUUUUACGUGCGUUACCACAAGCACUAGCCGAUUUAUUUGCUGUCAUCGGGAAACGAAAUCAAUUUGAAUAUUCCACGAAGCAGAAAGGAGACGCUUUCAUGCUCUGUUUCGGCGACUUGAGUUCACCGAGUUUCUACAGGAUAUGCCUUGGGAGAUACUUUGGGUGGGAAAGGUGAUGCAGUUCAGGCCGUUAACAAUUCGGUUAUUUAUACUCCUGUCGACUGGUUUCGUAUAUGCUGAUAUUAGCAAUUGGGAUGCAUGUAGUGGACGAUUGGAGCGUGCUUUGGACGCAAUUCAGAGAGACUCUACCAGAAGAAAUAAAUUGGACGAAGAGAAGACUGGAACAUUGUACCAGCGGGAACUACGUUCUAUUCCCCUAGAAAUGUCUGUUUCCCGUAUGACUAUAAAGCUCCUGGAGAACACGAAAAAGGCGGGAGGCCAUUGGGCGCGAGUUGAACAAUGUGUGUAUGAGCCCGAUAGCAAUUCUUUGAAAACACGCGUUAUAUUUAACGAUCUGUCAGUGUCCGCGACAGUAUCUUUAAUGCCACGAGAUUAUCAUGCUCCAAUUUCCGCCGAAUCCUGUAGAAUGACAUUACGGUUGAGACGAGCAGGUAUAGACUUUCUUACGAGUCCGAUCGCCCGUGGACGCGGUCAGAUGCGUAUACGUACAGAAUCUAGUUUCUUGGAACCUAGAUUUGCCUCGAUCUAUGCAUACGGCUGUCAUCCUACGCGUCUCAACAAACAAAUUAAACGACAGGAUAAAUGGCCACCAUAUUAUCAUUCAAGCAAUGAUAAGGUAACACCGACCCCCUUGUUACCUAUGAAUGAAAAGUACGAUGCGGCGGAACCGAGAAAAUUAGCAGAAAUCACUGAAGAAACGGACGUUAUUAUAUCCAAUGAGAGUCGACAUCCACGUUAUUCGCAUGCUCAUGAGACAAAUUUUGGUGUAUGGAAGAAGAAUUCAUGGAUUACUAAAUCACCAUUACGACAAAGACGUUCGACGACGGCUCAACAUCAAUUCGGACACAUCGCAAUGAUUAUUACACCACAAGACUUCUCAGAAACUAUCGUAAACGAGGGCGGACAAACGGAAAAGUUUGUAAACUUCACCAAAAUUCUUAAUUUAACCAACAACAUUCAAAACAAAAAUCUGUCGCAAAAUUUAUCCCGGGAAGUAAGAGAAUUCGUAGCUGAUGAUAAUUUCGAUAAUCUAUUUUCUAUCGAUUCGGAAGAUCCGAACAAGAAUUGGCAAUCAAAAGAAUAUAUUACGAGGGAAAUGGAAGAUGUGUUUUUGCAAGGUGCUAGUCAAGUAUUGACUAGAUAUAUCGAAAAUCAAUUACAUCCGGCGAUUAAAGAGACACUGAUGUUGUCUAUGGGUUAUACUAUCAGUUAUGGAUAAAUAUAGAAAAAAGACUAUUAUUUUAUGCAAGAUUAAUGUUUAUAUGUGUGUGUGUAUGAGUGUGUGUAUGUGUAUGUUAAAUGUACAGAAUUUUUAAUAAAUGAUGAGCGACAGCAA